CACAGUCUGCCAAUGACUCUGGCCGUAGUUAGACGGCUCCGGACAACUUUCUGAACUUGAUCUUACAGAGGGAGGGGGCGAGAUGGGGUUCGAGCUGGAUCGUUUCAACGGGGAGGUGGACCCCGAGCUGAAGUGCAACCUGUGCAACAAGGUGCUGGAGGACCCGCUGACUACCCCGUGCGGGCACGUCUUCUGCGCGGGCUGCGUGCUGCCCUGGGUGGUGCAGCAGGGCAUGUGCCCCGUGAAGUGCCAGAGGAUGUCCACCAAGGAACUCAAUCACGUCCUGGCGCUCAGGAACCUCAUCUCCAAGCUGGACAUUAAGUGCGACUACCGGCCGCGGGGCUGCACCAAGGUGGUUCACCUGCAGAACUUGGCCGAGCAUGUGGAGAUGUGCGAUUACAGCCCGGCCCGUUGCAGGAACAAGGGCUGCAAGGAGGUGCUGAACCUGAAGGACAUGGACGUGCACAUGCGGGAGAGCUGCGAGUGCCGGCCGGUGGGCAUGUGCGAGCAGGGCUGCGGGCUGGUGCUGCUGUACCGCGACCUGGCGCAGGCGGGCGGCCGCCACUGCUGCCUGCAGGCGCUGAGGGCGCAGAGCGGCUCGCUGCAGCUGCAGGCGGCCGGCCUGGCGCAGGAGCUGCGGCAGCAGGCGGCCCGCGCCGGCAAGCGGGAGAAGGCGCUGCUGGCCCGCGUCUCGGCGCUGCAGAGCGAGGUGCAGCUCACCGCCCUGCGCUACCAGCGGAAGGUCCAGCACUACAUGGGCCACGGCAAGGAGGCGGCGGGCCGCUGCGGGGGUGGUGAAACCAAACCAUUAACUGUUGUUUUGCGCAGAGAAAAUGACACUCUUGGAUUUAACAUUAUUGGCGGAAGGCCCAGUCCGAACAGUGAGGACGAUUCUUCAAGUGAAGUAAUUUAUGUGUCCAAGGUUAUGGAGAACGGACCCGCCAACAGACCUGACGGACUGCAAGUUCAUGACAGGAUCAUCGAGGUCAAUGGGAAGGACCUGUCGAAAGCCACACACGAAGAGGCAGUAGAAGCUUUUCGCAAUGCCAAGGACCCAAUUGUUGUGCAAGUUCUGCGGAGAACCCCCGUCACAAAAAGUCAUGGCAGCUCCCAGGAGGUCCCACUGGUCGAUGCUGGCACACAAACCGAAAUUACUUUUGAACACAUCAUGGCUCUCUCCAAGCUCAGAUCAUCUUCACCUCCAGUGCCUGACAUCUGCCCAUAUUUGCUGUCAGACAGCUGUCACUCCCUGCACCCUAUGGCCCAUGACUACUAUGAAGCUGGUGAUUACCUUCCCAACUUGACACAUGACGGCGACCGAGCUGAUGAAAUGGAAUACGAGGAGGUUGAACUCUGCCGCAUCAGCAGCCAGGAGAAGUUGGGCUUGACGGUCUGCUACAGAACAGACGACGAUGAAGAUGAUAGCGGGAUCUAUGUCAGCGAGGUUGACCCGAAUAGCAUUGCUGCCAAAGACGGGCGCAUCAGGGAAGGAGAUCGGAUUGUGCAGAUAAAUGGCAAGGAUGUCCAAGACCGGGAAGGGGCAGUGGCAUUGCUCUCCAGUGAGGAAAGCAGAAAUAUUCUACUGCUAGUUGCGCGACCUGAGAUUCAGUUGGAUGAGGGUUGGCUGGAUGAUGAUCGAAAUGAUUUUCUUGAUGAGCUACACAUGGACAUGUUGGAAGAGCAACACAAUCAAGCGAUGCAGUUUACAGCCACUGGUCUCGAGCAGCAGAAAAAGCAUGAAGAAGAUGGCGGAACAACGGACACCGCGACCACCUCUUCCAAUAACCACGAGAAGGACAGUGGGCUCGGCCGCACAGACGACAGCGUGAGGAACGACGAGAGCUCAGAGCAGGAGAUCCUCGGCGAGGAGCAGAACAGCACCUUGCUCCAGAGCCAGCGGGAGCUGGGCUACAGCCAGGACACCUUGGGCAGCAGCGAGCUGCAGUGCAACGAAAGCUUUGUGUCGGGUGAAUACAACGACUCCGAUUUCGUUGGCACUCAGGACGAAGAAUGCGAGAGGUUCAAGGAGCUCUUGGAGCUGAAGUGCAAGAUGAACAACCGCAGCCAGUUUGACCUGUACUAUUCCACGAGCACUAUAGAGUGUGGCAGGAGGCAGCAAGAGGUAAUGGACCGGGAGCUGGAAAUGCUCAACGAGGAGCUGAGGAACAUUGAGCUGGAGUGCCAGAACAUCAUGCAGGCGCACCAGCUUCAGAAGGUGAGGGAGGAGUACGGGGACGUGUGGUCCAUCCACGGCAGCAGCUUCAGGAACUACAACACCAGCAUCGACCCGCAGAGGGGGAAGCUGGCGGACAUCAUGGAGCACCCCGAGAAAUCGGACAAGGACAGCUCGAGCGCCUACAACACGGCAGAGAGCUGCCGCAGCACCCCGCUGACGGUGGACCGGUCUCCGGACAGCUCCCUGCAGCGGAUCGUCAGCGUCACCAACAAGCGGAACCUGAGGAGCUCGGCGGACGCGGCCCAGGCUGCGUCCAGGGAGGCCAGCCCCGCCGUCAGCAGCUCCUCGGAGACGCCGGAGACCGCCGUGCCCGGGGAGGAGACGGAGAACGUGACGGAGGGGAGCAAGUCAGGAGACCAGGAGAGAGGCGGCAGCGGCGGGCAGCGGGUGCCGUACCUGUCGCCGUACCACAGCUCACCGCACAGGCACGUCGACAUACCCGCCCACGCCAGGCACUACCAGAGCUACAUGCAGCUCAUCCAGCAGAAGUCGGCGGUGGAGUACGCCAACAGCCAGCUCAGCCUGGUCAGCAUGUGCAAGGACCCCCAGAAGGCCACGGCCGACUCCAAGAUGGAGUGGAAAGUGAAGAUCCGCAGCGACGGGACGCGGUACAUCACAAAGCGGCCCGUGCGCGACCGCCUGCUCAAGGAGCGUGCCCUGAAGAUCAAGGAGGAGCGGUGCGGCAUGACCACGGACGACGACGCCAUGAGCGAGAUGAAGACCGGCCGCUACUGGAGCAAGGAGGAGCGGAAGCAGCACGUGGUGCGCGCCAAGGAGCAGCGGCGACGGCGGGAGUUCAUGAUGCGCAGCCGCUUGGAGUGCCUGCGGGAGAACCCGCAGAGCGGCGGCGAGGGCAAGAAGGAGGUCAACAUCAUCGAACUGAGCCACAGGAAAAUGAUGAGGAAGCGGAACAAGAAAAUCUUUGACAACUGGAUGACAAUCCAAGAACUAAUGACACACGGUGCCAAGUCACCAGACGGCACAAGGAUCUACAAUUCUUUCCUCUCAGUUACUACUGUGUAAAAGGGACACUUUUUAUAAGGACGCUAUCCAUUUGAGGUAGCAUACAAUUGCCUCGUUAAAUGUGGCAUGUCAUUUUUUUCUAUCCGAGGACCGCUUCUGAUCUAAUCGUGGUUUUUACAAGCAGUUGCUGAUCACUUUUACAAAAUUUAAUAAUGUGGUAACUUUGUUUGUAGAUUGAAAAUUCCCAUCAUCCAUACCAUGAUCUUCAAUCUCACUAUUUGUAAAAAAAAAGAGCCAUAUUUCAUAUUAUACUAUGCCUAAUGUAACUUAAGAAUCUGAUUUUAUUACGUCUGUUAAUCAUUACACGUUUCUUUUGUAUUAUGGUUAUGUUAUUAAAACUAUAUGACGCCAAUCCCAAUAGCUUUGCAUACUUGAGCUGUUAGCUCUUACAUGACAUUACUACUUCUGCUGCAACAUGGAACAUAAACUAUUAACAUCCAAGUUUUUAACUUUCACAUUUGUUCAGCCAUGUAUUGUACGAUUAGUCUGUAAAUUAAAAGUGUAUUGUCCAAGUAAAGUGUAGGUGGUUGAGUGAUUCGUACUCUAGUGGAUAUGAUGCUGUAGUCAGGUAAAUUAUGUGGUUAUU